UGUGAUGAAUAUUUAAAAGCACUGUUCAAGCUGGAGCCGAGGAUUUCUCCAGGGCUGGCAGCGCUGCAUCCCUCCCCAGCCCUGCCGCCCGCCUGGGCGCACUGCAGAGGAGGACGGGGCGUUGCAGCGGGGCUGCCAGCAAUGGGGCUGCUGGGGCUGGGGGUAACUUUUAUCACUUUGCCUCUUGUCAUCCGAGCAGCUGAGGGAGGGCAGUGGUGCUACGACUCACAGGACCCGAAGUGCGGCCCCAACCACUGGAAGGAGCUGAAGGCCACGUGUGGCGGUGACAAGCAGUCUCCUGUUAACAUCGAGCGGCGCUGGCUGCAGAGGGACAGCAGCCUCGGGGACAUCGUCUUUGAGGGCUAUGACCAGGCACCACCCGGCAAGUGGCGGCUGCUGAAUGAUGGGCACACAGUGAUGCUGAGCUUGGAGAGUGAGCCUGGUGACGAGCACAUUGCCAUCAGUGGUGGGGGCCUCCCGGGCCGAUACCGUGCACUGCAGCUGCACUUCCAUUGGGGCAGCCCAACUAGGAAUGGCUCUGAGCACACAGUGGAUGGGCAGCAGCUCCCUAUGGAGCUGCAUAUUGUCCACAUCAACACCAAGUACCGCACCCUGGGGGAGGCCAAGGGGCACCCAAGCGGGCUGGCUGUGUUGGGCUGCUUCUUCCAGGUCUCAGAAGCCCCAAACUCCAACUACAACACCAUCAUUGGGGGACUGAGGAACAUCUCCCACGCUGGGCAGGCAGUGGACCUGGCCUCCACCUUCCGCCUUGGCACGCUGCUGCCGCACGUCGCACAGCUCUCCCGGUACUACCGCUACCAGGGCUCCCUGACCACCCCCGACUGCAGCGAGGCCGUCGUCUGGACCUUGUUUGAGGAGCCCGUGGGCAUCAGCAGGGAGCAGCUUCAGGCGUUUGUCAGCUCCGUGCACUUCCCGGCCUCGGGCGCUGCGCCCUUAAAGAUGACCAACAACUUCCGACCGCCACAACCGCUCCACAGCCGCAAAGUCUUCUCGUCCCGAGAUGCCACGACCAGCUCUGGGUGCCCCCGCUGCCCCCUCGCCCUCCUGCUCCUGCUGCCCCUGCUCGGACCCUUCUCGUCCUCCCCUUAGGGCUCGGGUUCCCCGCUGUCCCUCUGCGUAGCGAUGGGGAGCUUCUGGUUUAUGGGUGAUGGUGAAAAGCAGCCGGGGCCGUCGGGUGGGUGAGGAUGUGUCAGCGCUGCUGUGUGCUCGGCCAUGGGGCUGUCAGGGCUGCAAUAAAGGUGAGCUCCUGGCCCCGUGUGCGGCCCCUGGC